CAUAACGAAUUAAUCACAGUCUGUAACUCAAAAAAAAAAACUAUGUUCGUGCCCCUCAUUUUAACAACACUUCUCCCUCCAUCCAUCAUUUCUCUCUCCUCCAUUUUCUUCCCUCCUCCCCAAAAAAACCAAAAGCGGAAAACAAUGGCAGAAAGCCAUAACGCCAUGAUAACGACCUCAACAUCAUCAUCAUCAUCUUUUCUUCCAACAUUUUCAUCAUCUUCAAAACCCUAGCUUUUUUCCUCUACAUGCAUUAUUCGUUUGAUUUCAAUUUCAUGUUCGCGAUUCAACGUCUUUGAUCUAUGUAACGAACCCUAACAAUUUCGUGAGAGAUUUUUUCUAGGUUAAUCGAAGAUUUUCUUCAAUGGAAGCUUUGACGGAGUUAUGUGACUUGAUUGCGAAGAAUCCGACGAAAUUGAAGGAAAAAUUGAGUUGGAUUUGCGGUCGUUGUCCAUCUCAUGAGUUUCUUUCAUCUGGAUCGCCGAAAAUUUCACGAUCGCAACUUAAUGCUGUUCUUGCGGUUUCCAGGUUUCUCUCUCAAUGCUCUAAUCUUUCCGAUAAUCGUCCUAGAGAUGUUGUUGUUGAGUUUCUCCGUUCAAUUUCGUCGUCGUUUCGGCCUUCUUUUUGGCCUCAGUCGUUUGGUUAUGAUUCUAUUUCUUCGUUUUACUCGGAUUUUCUUCGUUAUGUUCUGAAUGCGGCUGGAUUGUCGGAGGAAUUCGCUGAUGAGGUUGCUGGAUUUUUAGGACAGAUUGUGAUCUCUGCUUUUAAUAAUGCUUAUAAUAAUGGUGGUAGUAACUCUGAUGAAUCGAAGAUUUGUAAGGUUUUUUUGACGUGUCUGUCGGAGAGUUUUCCGCGGAUUUCGCCGCCGGAUGCUGAGACAUUGAUCAACAUUUUGUUAGAACAAGUGCCUGUUGUUUAUCCUGGCUCUCCUAGAGAUGUUGGAAUUGCUUCUGGAGUUUCGUCUUUUCAGAGUUCCCCGGCGAGUUUGAGUUUUUUUCAGCCACAUGAUAGCCCGAGUCCUAUGAACCAGGCUAGCCAGCUCUCUCUUUCGUCUGGUGGCACAGGUGCUGGUUCUCGGAAUGUAGCUGAUGAUGCUGUGAGCACCACCUCAUCUCGUGUGUCUGAGAUGAACGGGGUGGGCAGCAUUACUUCGAAUUUGGAUAGUGGGGGUCAUGUUCGACGACAGGUUGCCAAUUUUGAGGAAGAGUCUGUAGAGAGCUUAGAGAGGCAGGAGAUUGUGUUCAAAUUGGUUGGUUUUAUUUUGGAUAAUAGAGUUGAAAUUGAUCAGACACUAGUAGAGCAAGUGAGGUUAGUCGCAAAGAGGCAGCUGCAGUCAUCCUCCAACUUUUUAAAGUUAAGAAAGCGGGAUUGGACUGAAAAUGGGCAAGUAUUGAAAGCCCGAAUAAAUGCCAAAUUAUCUGCUUAUCGAGCUGCAGCUAAAUUAAAAAUAAAAUGUCUCACUUCGCUUGAUUGUGAUGUGAAGUCGACAAAGAAGUUGUUGCUUGAGACUCUUGCAUUGAUGAUAGACGCAGCGGAAGCCUGUCUACUUUCUGUUUGGAGGAAGUUGAGAAUUUGUGAAGAGCUUUUUAGCCAUUUUCUUUCUGGAGUUGUUCAGAUAGCAAUUGCUCGUGGUGGACAAUUGCUGCGAGUUCUGUUGAUUCGUCUUAAACCUUUGGUUCUUACUGCUUGUGCACAGGCAGAUACCUGGGGGAGUAGCCAGGGGGCGAUGUUCGAGAGUGUCCUUAGAACAAGCUGUGAGAUCGUUCAAUUUGGCUGGAGUAAGGACCGAGCUCCCGUCGACACUUUCAUCUUGGGCCUGGCUACCAGUAUUCGUGGGAGAAAUGACUAUGAUGAAGAGGGCAUGAAAGAAAAAGCUGCUGUUCCAACAGCUCAGUUGAAUGUUAUUCGAUUGCUGGCUGACUUGAACAUGUGUGUUAAAAAAUCGGAGGUGGUGGACAUGAUAUUGCCUUUAUUUAUUGAAAGCUUGGAAGAGGGCGAAGCCUCAACUCCUGGCUUAUUGCGACUUCGUCUUCUUGAUGCUGUUGCUCGAUUAGCCAGCUUAGGCUUUGAGAAGUCCUACCGAGAAACUAUUGUUCUGAUGACUAGAAGCUACUUGAGCAAACUGUCAAAUGUAGGAUCUGCAGAGAGCAAAACUGUGGCACAGGAAGCUACUACAGAGCGUGUUGAGACUCUUCCUGCAGCAUUUCUUCUGAUUGCCCAAGGCCUGACGGAAAUUAAAUUGCGGUCUGACUAUCGCCACCGUCUGCUCUCGUUAUGCUCAGAUGUAGGCUUGGCUGCAGAGUCUAAAGGUGGAAGGAGCGGAGCUGACUUCCUAGGACCUCUAAUGCCAGCUGUUGCAGAAAUCUGUUCAGAUUUUGACCCAACUGCUAAUAUCGAGCCUUCGCUUUUGAAGAUGUUUCGCAACUUGUGGUUUUAUGUUGCUCUUUUUGGACUAGCACCUCCCAUUCAAAAAAAUCAGGUUCCAUCAAAAUCUGUGUCUACAGGUCUGAGUGGUGUUGGAAGCAUGAGUACUAUACAACUUCAAGCUGUUGAUGGACCAUACUUGUGGAAUAGCCAAUGGGCAUCGGCUAUACAGCAAAUUGCUCAAGCCACACCGCCACUUGUAGUGAGCUCUGUCAAGUGGCUCGAAGACGAGUUUGAAUUAAAUGCUCUUCACAAUCCUGGUAGCCGUCAUGGAAGUGGUAAUGAAAAGGCUGCUGCAACCCAAAGAAGUGCUCUUUCUGCUGCAUUGGGGGGACGAGUUGAUGCUGGAGCCAUGAGUACAAUUUCAGGCGUGAAAGCUACAUAUCUGCUUGCUGUGGCAUUUUUGGAGGUUAUACGCUUCAGCAGCAAUGGAGGCAUUCUUAACGGUGAUUCCGAGUUAACGGCCUCUAGAAGUGCCUUCAGCUGUGUAUUUGAAUAUUUGAAGACACCAAAUCUCGCACCUGCUGUUUUUCAGUGUUUGACCGCCACAGUCCAUCAGGCAUUUGAAACAGCCGUAUCAUGGCUGGAGGAACGGAUAUCCGAAACAGGUGAUGGAGCUGAUGCUAGAGACUCCACUCUCUCAGUGCAUGCUUCCUUUCUCAUAAAAGCCAUGUCCCAGAGGGAAGAGCAUGUAAGGGAUAUAUCUGUAAACCUGCUGGUUCAACUUAGAGAUAAGUUUCCGCAGAUCCUUUGGAACUCACCUUGUAUGGAUUGGCUACUCUAUUCUGUCAAUAGUGACACAUCUUCAUCACUUGUCAAUGAUCCUGCCUGCACAGCUGCUAUUCGAUCAUUAUUUCAAAGGGUAGUCAGGGAGUGGAUUAUAAUAUCACUCUCCUAUGCUCCGUGUACUGCUCAGGGUCUUCUUCAGGAAAAGCUAUGCAAACCAAACUCAGUAGAGAGAGCACAGCCUACUACAGAUGUGGUAUCCUUGUUAACUGAGAUACGCAUAGGCACUGGUAAAAACAAUUGUUGGACGGGAGCAAGAACUGCAAAUAUUCCUGCAGUCAUGGCUGCAGCAGCAGCGGCGUCUGGGGAAAAUUUCAUCUUGACUGAAGCCAUCAGCCUGGAGGUGCUUAGUACUGGUGUAACCAGUGCUGCUGUGAAGUCCAAAUUUGCUGGAGAAAUUUCGGGAAUGAGAAGGCUGUAUAAUACCAUUGGUGGAUUGCAACCCGGUGCCCAAACAGGAUUUGGUAUUGGUAUUGGACUUCAGAGGUUGAGAUCUGGUGUUUCUCCUCAGCCACCAGUUGAGGAUUUCAAUGCAAUUCUGCUUCAAAAGUUUGUGCAUUUGCUUCAGCAAUUUGUCAACGUUGCAGAGAAAGGUGGAACAGUAGAGAAGGCAUCAUUCCGUGAAGCAUGUUCGCAAGCAACUGCUUUGCUUCUCUCAAAUUUGAGCUCUGAUGCAAAAACAAAUGCGGAGUACUUUUCCCAACUAUUACGCCUUCUAUGCUGGUGUCCUGCUUAUAUAUGCACCCCUGAUGCUAUGGAAACUGCAGUAUUUGUGUGGACUUGGUUGGUUUCUGCUGCACCGCAGCUAGGCUGUCUAGUCCUUGCUGAACUUGUGGAUGCAUGGUUAUGGACAAUCGAUACAAAAAGAGGCCUGUUUGCAUUGGAUGCUAAGUGUUCUGGACCGUCUACUAAAUUACGACCCCAUCUUUCUGCGGGGGAGCCAGAAGCUUUACCUGAAAAAGAUACCGUGGAGCAAAUUAUGGCUCAUAGACUCUGGCUUGGAUUUAUGAUCGACCGUUUUGAGGUAGUUAGACAUAAUAGUGUCGAACAGAUGCUGCUAUUUGGUAGAAUGUUUCAAGGAACCACCAAACUUCCCUGGAGCUUUUCACGGCAUCCUGUUGCUACGGGUACAUUUUUCAGUUUAAUGCUUCUCGGGCUAAAGUAUUGUUCUUGCCAAUCCCAAGGCAAUUUGCAGAACUUCAGAACAGGCCUUCAGCUUCUGGAAGACCGUAUAUAUAGGGCUUGUUUAGGAUGGUUUGCUUAUGAGCCUGAAUGGUAUGAUACGAGGAGCAAGAAUUUUGCUCACAGUGAGGCACAAUCGGUUUCUUCAUUUGCUCAAUUUCUUAUGAAUGAGCGAAUCGAUAAUGUUCCAUCAGAUCCAAAAGGACAGACACGUGAGAAUGGGGGUUCUUUAGUUGAGGGGAGAGAUCAUUAUCACCCCGUUUGGGGGUGCCUGGAAAACUGUUCUGCUGGGAGAGAAAAGCGGAAGCAUUUGCUUCUGAUGUUGUGUCAACAUGAAGCUGACAGACUUGAAGUUUGGGCACAACCCACUAAUUCAAAGGAUUACACUCCUCGGCCCAAAAUUAGCUCUGAAAGAUGGGUUGAGUAUGCCCGAACAGCAUUUUCCGUGGAUCCUCGAAUUGCUUUGUCAUUAGCCUCACGAUUCCCUGCAAAUGCAACCUUGAAAAUAGAGAUCACCCUGCUGGUUCAGACACAUAUAUUAGAGCUCCGAUGUAUACCUGAAGCACUUGCAUAUUUUGUUACCCCGAAGGCAGUGGAUGAUAAUUCGAUGUUGCUGCAACAAUUGCCUCAUUGGGCUGCUUGUUCCAUAACUAAAGCUCUCGAUUUUCUUACCCCUGCGUAUAAGGGUCAUCCACGGGUGAUGGCCUAUGUGCUGAGGGUUUUAGAAUCAUAUCCUCCAGACCGUGUCACGUUUUUCAUGCCUCAGUUGGUGCAGGCUCUGCGUUAUGAUGAAGGGAGGUUAGUUGAAGGAUAUUUGCUCAGAGCUGCUCAACGGAGUGAUGUGUUUGCGCAUAUUCUCAUUUGGCAUUUACAGGGUGAGACAUGUGAACCGGAAGGGAGUAAAGAGGUCGACAGUCAGAAGAAUAGUGCAUUCCUCGCCCUAUUGCCACAAGUUAGGGAGAGAAUUAUCGACAGUUUCAGUCCAAAAGCCCUUGAUAUUUUUCAGAGAGAAUUUGAUUUCUUUGACAAAGUCACAUCUAUAUCUGGUGUACUCUUUCCACUUCCCAAGGAGGAGCGACGUGCUGGUAUACGCAGGGAAUUAGAGAAGAUCGAGAUGCAGGGAGAUGAUCUCUACUUGCCUACUGCUCCCAGUAAGCUUGUUAGGGGAAUUCAGGUUGAUAGUGGAAUUCCUUUGCAGUCGGCAGCAAAAGUUCCUAUCAUGAUCACAUUUAAUGUGGUGGAUAGAGAAGGAGAUCCAAAUGAUGUGAAGCCCCAAGCUUGUAUUUUUAAGGUUGGAGAUGAUUGCCGGCAAGAUGUUCUUGCUUUACAAGUGAUUGCUCUUCUUAAAGACAUUUUCCAGGCAGUUGGACUAAAUCUUUAUCUUUUCCCCUAUGGAGUUCUCCCAACUGGUCCCGAGAGAGGAAUUAUAGAGGUGGUGCCUAAUACACGGAGUAGAAGCCAGAUGGGUGAAACUAAUGAUGGUGGCUUGUAUGAGAUAUUUCAGCAAGAUUAUGGGCCUGUUGGAUCACAAAGUUUUGAAACUGCUCGGGAGAACUUCCUCAUCAGCAGUGCUGGGUAUGCUGUGGCUAGUCUUCUACUUCAGCCGAAAGACAGGCAUAAUGGGAACCUACUUUUUGACAGUGUCGGAAGGCUUGUUCAUAUUGAUUUUGGCUUCAUCCUGGAAACAUCUCCUGGUGGAAACAUGCGCUUUGAGAGUGCUCACUUCAAGCUGAGUCAUGAAAUGACUCAACUGCUUGAUCCUUCGGGGACUAUGAAAAGUGAUACUUGGCAUCUUUUUGUGGGAUUGUGUGUUAAGGGAUACCUUGUUGCUCGUCGUUAUAUGGAGGGUAUCAUCAGCACUGUAGCAAUGAUGGCAGACAGUGGAUUGCCUUGCUUCAGCAGGGGUGAGCCCAUUAAUAAUCUUCGUAAAAGAUUUCACCCUGAGAUGAGUGAACGCGAAGCAGCCAAUUUCAUGAUCGGUGUAUGUACUGAUGCCUAUAACAAAUGGACGACUGCAGGGUAUGAUUUGAUACAAUAUUUGCAACAAGGUAUAGAAAAGUAGUAUUUUCUUCCAUAUUUUUUAAAGGUCAAGGUGUAAAUUAUUUGUUCAAGGCACUGUCACCUAAUGUGACAUAGCUGCAAUUUUUUCGAGGAAUCACAUUGAGAUUAGGGGCUUGUUUGAUUAGCAAUUUUAGAUUUUAUUAAGUGUGGUAUUCCUCUGGUUGUCUGUAAAGUAUAGCAUAAUCUUGCAAAUAUCAAUGAAAAUGCACAUUCUUUUGUGUAAAA